GAUGAGAUACAACCAAGUGUUACCCAGUCGGAAAAAUAACAAAUUUGCUCAGUUCCCCACGAUCUCCUCCUAACAACGCCGCUUUCAUACACACAGAGAGCAAAACCCUAGCUUCUUUCCCGAUUCCGGUAAGUAGGGCUUAGCCUUUUUUCAUUUCGAACACAUAUCAAAUCAAUCGAAUUUUGACUGCUUAAUUCAGAGAUUCUGUAGAAUUGAUGAUGACAAAUGAACCAUCUUCUAGAAGAGACAAAGAAUCUUAUAACAAAAUGAACAAAAAUAGUUUUAGUAAUAUGAGAUGUCCACAUUGCACCGGUCCUCUUUCUAAGGAGAUGGAGACAAGCGAGUGGACAGUUCCUCCUCUAAUCCGGGAUAGCUUUUCUAUGAUUGGUUCUGCAGUUGGUGGUACUACAAGCGCAUUCUAUGGCUUCAACCAUGUGAUGCCGAUUGUCAGAAGGUGUGUUAAAGGACCUAUGUGGUUGCAUUUCCUUGUUGGUGCUCCUCCUGUGAUUGUUUUCUCAUCUGCAUGUGCAGGGCUAGCAGGUGGUGCUGUUCCAGCAUUUGCACAGCUAGCAUCUUCUUCUUACCAUGCUGUGAUCUCAUCUUCCACAUUACCACCUACAGCCUCACAAGAUGAAAACAUGAGAAAAUUUUGAACUUCCUCAACUUUGUAGCUUAAACACUGAGAGGAAAUGUUUUUACUAUCAGGAAUCUUGUGCCUUCUGCGGGAUCAUCUCCUAGUUGGCGACAUUCUGUCCUCUCCUGUUUACUAGCUCCGGUUGUGUUUAAGUCUGCUUUUGUCUAGUGGAAUUAGUCAAGUUGCACGUAAGCUGGUCAGACAUUACAAAUGUCUACUUCUGCUUCUGUCUGAUGUUUUUUUUUCUUUCGAGAAUAUAUUACUUGUCCAUGUCAUUGAGUUUGUUUAUUUUGUAAAUUCCAACCUUAUUAUUUCAGUGAUGGUAGAAAUUUUACACAGUUUUUUGAGGAAGUUGAGUGCGUGGUAGUUUUCAUAGCUCAAACAGGCAUGUUAUUUUUGUUACUAAUCUUUAUGUAUUCGGAAUUCUAUUAUCAUGUUUGAUUUAGGGAUUUGUUAUAUCAGUUGUCCGCUUAUUCUAUUCUACAAGCUACACUGAUUCAAGACGGAGUUUGAGAGUGAAAUUUGAACAAAUAAUGAACUAUUCUUGUGGCGAAAACAAGAAUGUUUGUACUUCUUCAUCCACCAGAGAAAUUAGAAUCAGUUGCACGUCAAACUUUUACUAGUUAAAUGGCACGAAGAUGUUAAAAUUGUGGUGCCUGUCACCUUCAAAGCCUGCGGCAGCUGCUUUAUACAUAUAUAUCGUCCAGUUUCCUGGUUGUAACUCUGCUGUUAGGUGUAGGAUAAUGAGAUGCUUUCUACAUCAUGGAUGCCAUUACCAACUUGCGCCUCUGGAUAUGCUGUUGGGGUCCUCAUUGGCGAUAAGUUACACCUCAAUCCUGUUCAUGCAGUUGUACAACUCCGGCCAUCAAAGCGGAAUCUUAAGGAAAGUGAGUUGAAGAAGAACGUUACCACCAACAAUGAUGAAAAAAGUGUUAACUGAAGACGUCAAGGAGAAAAGGCCCGUGGGACCAUCAAAGAAGCAG